AUGGCUGAGACCGCCAAGCCCGGCUGUUUGUCAAGCCCAGCCCUCCUGAAGGAAAAGCCCCUGGGGGGCGGGCACGUAGCAGGCAGGGAGCAGUGCCGAGGCCCGGUGGAGGCUGGGGUCAAUGCAGCAGAAGAGGGGCUGUGCCAGGCAGCCUCCGUGCCUAGAUCUGCCGACCCCAGUGAGGGGCUGCCAGGGCCUGGCCUCCUCCCACCCUUGAAGCCCGGGGCAGCGAGUGGGAGGCCGCGGGGCUCCUGGGUGUGCUCCCUGCUCCGACGCCCCUCUACACUUCCCGUCCAGGCGAGUGAGGACAGCGAGAGCGUGGGUCACCGCCCUUCUUGUCAGAGGCCCCACGACCCUGCUUCUCAAGGCGUGUCCUCCACACCCGCCACCGUGGACCCCGCAGCCGCUGGCGCCCUGCCUUGCGCCCACAGGUCCCCAGAUGUGCUGAAAGACCUUGCCCCGGGUUCGCAGCUGCCCGUCCUGCCGUAUGACGGCGACGCCAAAACGGACACGCUGCAGAUUGAGGAGUUUCUGGAGGAGACGCUGGGCCCCCCAGAAUGAGGAUUCCCCAGCCUAGCGCCCAGAUACAGGGAGUCCACCGCGGCGGGCAAUGACGUCUUUCACAAAUUCUCCGCCUUCAUCAAGAACCCGGUGCCCGCGCUGGACAAUGAUGAGGAGGCCCUGUACCAGCAUCUGCUGUGCGCCCUCGCCAAGCUGGACAGCUACCUGCGCGCGCCCCUGGAGCACGAGCUGGCGCGGGAGCCGCAGCUGCGCGAGUCACGCCACCGGUUUGUGGACGGCGACCCGCUCACGCUGGUCGAUUGCGGGCUGCUGCCCAAGCUGCACACCGUGAACGGGAGCACGGUGUGCGCGCACUUCCGCCAGGCGCCCAUCCCCUCUGAGUUGCGCGGCGUCCGCCGCUACGCGGACAACGCCCUGCAGGAGAAAGAGUUCAACUACACGUGUCCACACAGCGCCGAGAUCCUGGCGGCCUACCGGCCCGCCGUGCGCCCCCGCUAGCGCGCCCGCCUUCCCCGCCACCCGCCCGCUCCUCUGCAGCCCCAGAAAGGCACCUCUGCCUCAGUGAGCGGGUACGGACAUACGAGGACCAGAAGCCCCGCAAUUUCUGCCACCCCCAAACUCCCACCGUGAGACGCUCAGCUCCAGAUGACAGCCAGGAAGGACCGGCAAAGAACCCAGUGGGCGGCGUGCGGUCCAUACCCCCACUCC